AUGGACAGAAAGGCGCUCCUCUUCCCGUGCGGCCUCGUCUUAGCAUCCGGUUACUUGAGUACUGCAACCCCCGUCGACUACUCCUUCGCCUUCGACAAGCCGCUGCACACUGUCGCUGUCGUCUUACUGCUGACUGGUCUCGCCAUUGUCGCAAUUGAGGCCUGGUCGUCGCGCAGUAGCCAGCCGCAACCGCCGACAAGAUAUAUCGCCAUAGCGCUGAACCAGGUCCAGAGCAGACAUGUCGCCGAAGAGAUAUGGACAGAGGCAGGCCAGCCAGGGAGACGGCGAGGCUGGAGUGUGAGGGCUGUCGGCGCCCUGCUGGCCGUCCUGUUGUUCGCAAUCUGCGGCCGCAUAGCCAUCUUCUACCGUGUUACCAAAGACGUCGAGUGCAGUGGUCCUUCUGCAUUACUCGACUCCGUCUACAGCUUUAUCUUCGAUGGCUCCACACGCUACAUCAUUCCUUCGUUCCUGCUCUCCGUCAGCAGCUUCCUCGUCAUCAUCAAGUCCAGCGCAUUGCGCUCCACCUUCAUCUGCCCCAUCGCAGACUCGACAGCAACUACAAUUCCUUCCCUUCAAUUCUUUGCCUUUUUGCUCGAUAGUGUCAUUGUCCAGAUCUCAUACCGUCUGAUCGACGAUGGCAUCUCCGAGGCCGACGACUGGACUAUCCACCUCCAGGAUGGUACCUCGAAUCACCUGCUAGUUGGCUUGACACUUACUGCAUCUUCUUUGGUCCUUCUUGUCGCAGGCAUUAUCAUAUACCCCGCCAUGCCCGAGCAUCGCGAGUGGAUGCUCUCAUUUCCGUCUGAAUAUCUCCUUGGUCUUUUGCGUUUAUCGUUGAUGAUACCCUUUAUGACGUUAUGUUUUCUCAAAUCGGCUCGAUUGUACGGCGUUAUGAGCGCAUUGCUCCUGGCCGCAUUUUCCUCUGCAUAUAUCGGCGUUCUUCGAGCCCUAGGCACCGGCGUUUCCUACUCAUUUCCACCAAAAUCCACCGUUGGACUUGUUUUGUGUUUGACUUUACUCACUAUUGCGCUCAUCCUCUAUCUCGUCACAGAUACCAACAUCGAAACCCGCAUACGAUCAAAAGUGCCGGUUCGUCUGGGCAGGAACCAGUCGGCCGGUUUCAUCGUAUUGCUGAUCGCCUUCUCCAUCGGUGUCGUUGUAUAUCGCCGGCACGGUCCUGUUCUCGAGCAUCCCAUCACUACUCUGAUCGACGUUGCGACAGUCCAACACGAUCGAUGGGCAUCGCAGGCUUACCGGAGUCGAUCUCUCACUGAGGCUGUUGUAAACUACCGGCAACGCUAUCAUCGCGACCCCCCACCUAAUUUCGACAAGUGGUAUCACUUCGCUAUCAGCCGAAAUUCCAUCAUAAUCGACGACUACGACAACAUCGAAAAAGACCUGGCACCCUUCUCGUCUUUCAACGCCGACGACCUUCGACUACGUACUGCUACCGUCUUGGCCACGCGUGAGGGGGUGGGUGGGAUUCGUAUAAGAGACGGGAAGGUGGAGGUGUUCAACAAUGUACCCGAUACGCACCGUUGGAUGAUGGAUGGUGCGGCGACCAUGAUACAGCGAUUUGCUCAAUCGCUUCCUGAUAUGGACCUCGCAUUGAACCUGAAUGAUGAGUGUCGUGUCGCUGUACCGUACGAACGUUUACAGGAUGCACUGGAUAACCCGCAACCGUACCCUACACCCGAGCCUUCUCGUCCUACGAAGGAUUUCAGUGCUAAUCGUGCGGAGAAGUGGCCGGAUGUUGACCGUGUGCGAUCGGAUCCACAUUUCUUCAGCGACGCUCGCAUCAAGUCCUCGUUUGAGACAUACGGAUCCGUCGCCUGCCCACCCGAAUCGCGCGCACGGAGAGAACGCCAUUGGUAUACGAAAUCGUUUUGCCAUACCUGUACUCAAGGUCACUCGAUGGGCGCCUUCAUAGCGAAUUGGAGUCUCUCGUCUGAGCCCUGUCAUCAGCCGGAUAUCGCCAAUCUGCAUGGCAUGCAUCUCAGUCCAGCUAGCCUGAUGGGUACUCAUGACAUGGUCCCAAUCUUUAGUCAGAGCCGCGCUCCAGGUUAUGCCGAUAUCAGAUACCCAUCGCCGUGGAAUUAUAUGGAAAAGACCAAGUAUGGAUUUGAUGAAAAGUUUCCUGAUCCUCACUUCCAAGAUAAGGUAGAUAUCCUUUUCUGGCGCGGGACGACCACUGAGGGCGUGACUACGCACGGUACCUGGAAAGGUAUGCUUCGCCAGCGACUUGUGCAUCUUAUGAACAACGAAACUUCCCGCCAACCUAUCCUCCUCCCGAAACCUGACCAUAGCGGCCAUCUGGAAUACAUGCUGAAACGCACGAGCGACAUCAAAAAACUUCUCGAGACCAAGACUGAUGUGCGCCUUGUCGGUCCGAUCGCACGUUGCGCAGGGCAAGACUGCACCGGCCAGACACGCGAGUUCGGCUUUGGCGAUCCUAUCGAUUUCAAACAACACUGGCACUACCGAUACUUGUUCGAUACUGAUGGCGCUGGCUUUUCUGGUCGAUUUAUUCCCUUUCUACAGUCCAACUCAGUCGUCUUCAAAGCUGCCCUCUUCCGUGAAUGGUACGAAGGCCGUCUCACCGCUUGGAAACACUUCGUUCCUGUGGACCUCCGCUUGCACGACCUCUUCUCUUCACUCGCCUACUUUGGCGGAUACGGUGUUGAGGCAAGGAACAAACGCAUGAUGGAGGGCCAAAUCAAGGCAGCGGAGAAGAUUGCACGUGAUGGCAAAGUGUGGACUGAGAAGGUGCUGAGGAAAGAGGAUAUGGAGGUUUACAUGUUCAGGCUCUUGCUUGAGUGGGGGAGGCUGACGGAUGAUGCGAGGACUGAAGUUGGUUUCCGCAUAGAGAAGGGGAAAACGAGUGCCAGUGAGAGGAUGAGCAGUGUCGAGCGAGAGGUGGAAGAGUUGUGA